AUGGCCAAUGGUACUCAAUUGCGCCUUGGUCGAAAGAAAAUUCAGAGAAAUCAUGUUAAAGAUCGGGUUUUGUGGAGGUCGAUGCUCGCCAAUUACAGCCUAAAGCGGACAACCGCAAAGCGCUUUCAAACCGCAGUUACCGCACCGGAAUUGCGGUUUGCAGUUACCGCACCGGAACUGCGGUUGCGGAUAAAAAAUUCUCAAAACUCCGCGGAUUUUUCGGAUUUUGUUUGUGCGGUAUACAGCGGAUGCGGAUUCAAAAAUCGUAAGAACUCCGGAUCGAUAUUGCCGAUGCACGGCACGUCGAAAUCCUUGUCGGCUGAUAUCCAACUGCCUGUGCCUACCAAUGAUGUAGAGUUAGAAUCAUGGGAAGUUUGGGGAGUUGAUGCAAAAACUUCAACAAAUCCAUCAGCAAACCGAACUCAAGCCAAUUUUCACAAUGGGUCUCACUAUCAUUUGUCAUCUACUGGGGGACAGAAUAAAGGUUCAAAUAGAAAAGAUUCAGGUGAUCCUGAGAUAGACAUUGAUUAUUUUCAAGAAUUACAGCUUGAGCCAGAAAUCAGAAAAACUCAAAAGAUUAUAGUAAGAAAGAAAGAAGAGAAUGUACCUUCUAACAGAUUAGCCAUGGUUUCGGACAUUCCAACAAUUUCAAAUGACCUGGGGACCCUGGAGGAUGUGGAUUGUGGAGGAUGGCCAGAGGAAACAAUGGAAGACAUCAGUGGAGAUGCAGUGAGGGACAAACGCAGGUCAGAAAGAGAAAGGAAAUUAAUGGAACACCAGCAGAAAAAACUUGAAAGAGAUGCACUGAGGAAGAACAAAAUUGUCUCCACUAAACUAUCCUAA